AUGGAGAAACAAAAGGAUUUGCCAUUCCCAUACGAGUUCAGGGAGCUUGAUCCCGAAGAAAAUAAAUUGGUUAAAGCCAAUUUAGGCUCAUUCCCAACAAAUUUCGUGAAAUUGGGACCUAAAGGCUACAUGGUGUACAGACCCUACGUGAAAGAUGCGGCGAAUAUCUACAACAUGCCAUUGAGAACCAACGACGUGUUUGUAGCCACUUACCAACGAUCAGGAACGACAAUGACUCAAGAACUGGUUUGGUUAAUUGAAAACGACUUGAAUUUUGAAGCUGCGAAAACAUUACUGUCCCACCGCUACAUGUACCUCGACGGAUUCAUGAUCUACGACCCAGAGAAGCAAGAAGAAUACAACGGCAUAUUACCGAAUCCAGAAAAACUUGAUAUAGAAAGAUAUUUAGAAUUGUUAGAAUACUUUAGUCGUGAAGGGAGCUCAUUGCUCGCUUCAGUACCAUCAACAGAGAGAAGAUACGUCAAGACACACUUACCUUUGUCCUUGAUGCCUCCCACUCUGUUGGACACUGCGAAGGUGGUGUACGUGGCUCGAGACCCUAGAGACGUGGCAGUGUCCAGCUACCAUCACGCGCGAUUAUUAUAUUUGAUAAAUAAGCAGAGCAACUUUAAGGAUUUCUGGGAAAUGUUUCACCGUGGCCUAUAUACGCUAACACCAUAUUUCGAGCACGUCAAAGAAGCUUGGGCAAAGAGACAUGAACCGAACAUGCUGUUUUUGUUUUACGAAGACUACUUAAAGGACUUACCAGGCUGCAUUGAACGUGUUGCCGAGUUCUUUGGUAAGAAGUUGAGUAAGGAACAAAUUCAGCGCCUCUGCGAACACCUCGAUUUUGAAAAGUUCAAAAAUAAUGGCGCUGUGAAUAUGGAAGACUACAGGGAAAUUGGAAUACUCGCGGACGGAGAGUAUUUCAUUAGAAAAGGUAAAGCUGGAGGCUGGCGUGACUACUUCGACGAGGAGAUGACACAACAAGCUGAAAAAUGGAUUAAGGACAACUUGAAGGAUACUGACCUUCGGUUCCCACAUAUUGAAUUAUAA